AUGGCAGGCAAGUAUCCAGUUUCCUCAAGAUCUCCGUACCGUGAUACUUCUCCUAGUUGCAGCAGUCAAUGUCCACAACAACCCGAACUUACCCCCACGUACCGAACACUGGGAUGCAGCCAGAUACUGAGACGCAAUUCUGCCACAAGCACCAUGGGAGCUCCUAAUCCGCCCAUCACAGUCGAGUCCUUUCAACCAGUAACCAGCAGUCGUCCCGGUCCUGUGUAUGGGAUCGGAGAAGGGGUCUUCCACCGUGCCUCUCCAGGCAAGUACCAUCGUAUUAGCAACUAUUCACUCCCUGAAAUAUCCCAUAAUCCCAGUUACGACACGCUGCCACCGGAGAAUAAUCACGACCGCGCGUCAUCGCUUCACGUCAUCGAAGGGCAUCAGCAACGCAACGUCCCCCGACAUGUAACACGUGACUCUAACCGGCUACUGAUUUACUAUCAGAACGUUCGGGGGCUGCGCACCAAAAUCGACGACUUCUUCGCAGCUGUAUCAGAAUCAUAUUAUGACAUUAUCAUUCUUACGGAGACCUGGCUAGACGACCGUAUUUUCUCUCCGCAACUGUUUGGAAACACGUUCACCGUUUAUCGUAACGAUCGUAAUUCACGUAACAGCUCCAAAUCACGCGGCGGUGGUGUUUUGAUAGCCGUCUCAUCCAUGUUAGGCGGUUUCAUUGAUCCUACUCCAGUGUGUGAUACUCUCGAACAGCUUUGGGUCAAAAUCCGGAUAGAAGGUUUGGUCGUUAGUAUCGGUGUUAUUUAUUUACCACCCGAUAAGAGAGGUGAUCUCAGAUGUAUUGAGAAGCAUAUUGAUUCCAUCGGAGCCAUCAUUUCUCAGCUUGAAGCACAGGAUGUUGCAUUUGCGUUCGGCGACUACAAUCAGUCUGGUUUAGUGUGGAAUAUCCCGUCGAAUGCUCCACCUUCUGUUGACUGCUCACGAUCACGUUUUUCGACUGCUUCCUCGGCCUUACUCGAUGGAUUCUGUUUCCAUGGUCUAACGCAGAUCAAUCCAGUGCCGAACAGGAAUGGCCGCUUGCUCGAUCUAGUGCUGGCGAAUGAUGCUGCUUUAUCGAGGUGCUCGAUCACCGAGGCUGCCGAUCCAGUUACUCCGCUCGACACCGAUCAUCCAGCACUAGAAGUUGACGUCAAUCUACCGACGCCAACUGGUUUUGAAGAUGUACCAGAUCUGACUUCCUUCAAUUUCCAGAAAGCUGAUUUCGCAGCAUUACAUCAAGCUAUAGCUCAAGUCGACUGGGAAUUUCUGGAGACUAUCGAGGAUGUGGAUGCUGCCGUUGCCAGGUUUUCUGAUGUCAUGACCCGUAUCAUCGUUGAUUGCGUUCCUGUGCGGAGGACUGCACGGAGACCAAUCUGGGGCAAUAGACGACUGGGAGAACUCAAAAGAUUGCGAUCCUCUGCUCUCCGGCGUUUCUGUAGGUUGCGCUGUCCGUUUGCUAAGCAAGAGCUGAACCGAACGAGCAACGAAUACCGUUUGUACAAUCGCUUCCUGUAUAAACAGUAUACGAGGCGUAUGCAGAAAAAUCUCCGUAGAAACCCGAAACUUUUCUGGUCCUUUGUCAACUCCAAGAGAAUGGAAAAAGGCUUGCCCGUGAACAUGUUUCUGGUGAACCACUCGGUUAACACUGCACUCGAGAAAUGCAAUCUUUUCGCUACUCACUUCAAGCGAGCAUUCAAUUACCGUUCGUCCUCCGAAAUGCAAGUUGCUGCCGUCUAA